AGCCCUCUAAUAACCUUUGUGGCCCUCCUCAGGAUGCUCUCCAACAGCUCCCAAAUUGAUCACAAUGGUUUUUAAUCUAAUCUAACCUUAGCUUCCACACAUUUUGACCGUAUGACUUCAUAUGAGAAAUUGUAAGAUAUUUUUGACCAGCAGGCUGCCAGUAUUGGUGAGAGAGGGAGGGCUAAAGAUCAAAAGUGAUGACUUGAAAUGCAGUACUUUUAGUUCCAAAAUUGACAGCAAACAGUGAUAGCUGUAGUGGUGUUAUUGAAGAUGAGGCUUGAGCCCGUGACAGAGUUACUUAAUGAGCUUUAACAUGUGGAAAUUGCUACAGCAGCUUCUGAAUAUUAAUUCUGUUUUCCUACUCAACUGUAUUCGUGGCACUCCUCUUGCUGAGUUUAGCAAGAAGUCUAUCAUUGCCUUCCAUCCAAAUAAGAUUUAUUUAAAUGCAGUUUUUAGCUUCAAAAAAGCAACAAGGUUUUCAUUUCUUGUUUCAAGUAAGGCUUCUGUUUUUUUUUGUUAUUGUUCAGAUGCUGCAGAUGUGUGAAUGGGAAGCGAGCUGCAAAGGAUAUUCUGGAAAAACCAACCUUUAUUCUUGCUGUUCUGCUCUUGUGGAACUUUGGGUUGUUAAUUGUGGAUCACAUUCACUUUCAGUACAAUGGCUUUCUGUUUGGCCUGAUGCUUCUCUCUGUUGCCCGACUGUGUCAGAGGAGAUAUCUGGAAGGUGCUCUUCUUUUUGCUGUUCUUCUGCAUUUCAAACACAUCUACUUGUAUGUGGCCCCAGCAUAUGGCAUUUAUUUGCUGCGCUCCUAUUGUUUUACUGCAAGUAAUGCAGAUGGAUCUGUGAAGUGGAGGAGUUUCAGCUUUCUUCGUAUAACCCUUCUGGGAUUGAUUGUCUGUCUUGUUUCUGCCCUUUCAUUGGGCCCCUUCAUAGUAUUGGGCCAGCUGCCUCAAGUGAUUUCACGCCUCUUUCCUUUCAAGCGAGGCCUCUGCCAUGCUUAUUGGGCCCCUAACUUCUGGGCUUUGUACAGUGCUGUGGAUAAAGCACUCACAGUUGUUGGCUUGAAGUAUAACUUUCUCGAUCCCACAAAAAUUCCUAAAGCCUCAAUGACAGGAGGGCUGGUUCAAGAAUUUCAGCAUACUGUCCUUCCUUCUGUGACUCCACUGGCAACGUUAAUCUGUACUUUCAUAUCGAUAUUGCCCUCUGUUUUCUGUCUUUGGUUUAAACCUCAAGGGCCCAGAAGCUUUCUUCAGUGCCUUGUUCUUUGUGCAUUGAGCUCCUUCAUGUUUGGCUGGCACGUGCACGAAAAAGCAAUACUCCUUGCUAUUCUGCCUUUAAGCUUGCUGUCUGUUCAGAGAGCGAAGGAUGCUGGCAUCUACUUGAUUCUAACAACCACAGGGCAUUUCUCACUUUUUCCAUUGCUGUUCACAGCACCAGAACUUCCAAUUAAAAUACUGCUUAUGCUGCUGUUCAGUGUUUAUAGCUUCUCUUCACUGAAAUCGCUGUACAGGAGGAAAGGCUUAAGAUAGGACUUCUAUAGAACAUCCUUGUGGUGUUCGAACAGACAGCCAUCCAGUUGCUCUCAGAUGGUAAAUCCCAGCCGCCUCAGAUGUGCAUAAAGGUACAACAACAAUCUUUAUUAGGAUUUAAUUCUGUGUUAGAGUGCUUACCAGAGUGUCAGUAGUUAAAAAUACUGCCGUGCUUAAGCAGUGGUGUUCAGUACUUCCAUGUUUAUAAGGGGCAGGUUACGAAUAGCAUACUCCUACAACUUGUAAUUUGGUUGUGGACUGUUUGAAUUGUCCAGUGUGUUCAUGGGACACUGAUCUGCUUUCUGCCCACUCAAUCAAAUACAGUGCUUCUCAUUAUGAAUCCUGUAGCCAUCACGUUCCUGUUUCCUGAACUUUUCAUGGCAAAACCAAGUUGUAAUGAAGGAUCUGUUGGAAAUGCCAGAAAUCUGCAUUCACUACAUCAGUCACCUGCUUUUUAAAGGUCAUCCAUUUUCAACCAGGCUGCAUUUUUUUUUCCCCCCUUACUACUGUGGAAUCCACUAAUUCCUUCUCAAGUGCUUCAGUUCCUCUUGAGGCUUUUGCAAAUUUCUUGUUCCUAACUUUGCAAAAAAAAAAAAAAAAA